CAUUAUUUGGUAGACCCAAAUGAGCCAUGGCAGCCGCAGUUUCAGUUGAAGCUUCUGGUCUGAAGCGAAAGUGUGACUGGCUUCAGGGUCCAGUAGAUGCUGCGGAUGACCAUGCGCCCUUUGAUGAGCAUGACCCUCUCGCAGCUGAUUUUAACAAUAAGAGUUUCAAUUCAUUCGUUCAUGGACCAGGCAGAUCUUAUUCUGACAUGGCAUCAGCCAAGAAAAGGUCUGAGAAUGUGCGGCUUUUAUUUUUUAAUUUACCUGGAUUCCUAGACAAGAAUGGCCUAGCAAACAUUUGUGCUACAGUGCAGCCUGAGGUGGUGCAUUGCAAUGUGUUUAAACACGGCAAUAACUCAUUUUCAGAUGGCUUUGUGGAGUACAGGACAAUCAGAGAGGCCCAGGAGGUAUUCUUCAGUCUUCAUGAAAAGCCACCCCUCAACCUGAAAAUUUUAUUCAAAUCCUGCCUGGAGACUACAGUCAAUAGGCAAAGUUUCAAAAUUCACAACGAAAUUCUUUUCAACCAAAGAAGACAAAGGAGGAUGGCUGAGAUGGAAGUGAAAGAGUUCCCAGAGAUCUGCUUUCCUGUAAACGAUAUGAGUGCAGAGGCCAAGAUUGACAUGAUUGAAUUUGCCGAAGAAAACAUCUUCAACUGGAAGUUCUGCACGGGAAGGGGUGUAGUGCUCCCUCCAAGACAGCCAUUUGUCUCAAAUGCACUAAAUGCAACAAGAGAGAACAUUGAGCACUACAAUGCACUACUGAGCUUGGACCUUGAUGGGAACAGAGAGCAUGAGCUAGAUUGCUUUUGGCAUUUUUCUGUCUCCUUUUCUGAUGACACCACGGCUGUGAUGGAAAUGGUCUACAAUAUGCGGAGGAACAAUGAUUGCAGAAAAGUGAACAACAUAUGCGGUGGAAGGUGUUUCUCUGUGAAUAGACCAGUGGAAGAGCAAGUUGGGAUUUUCGCAGAUCCAGAUACAUUUACAUUGCAGCCUUUGAUGCACUGCUCUCAAGUGUUAAAAGAAAAAGUUGCCAUCUCCUUGGAUUUUGAGAUUGACAUUGAGGGCCAGUUGUUCUGGUGCUCAGUUUGCUCUGGCGUUACAGCUACAUGCUGUUCAACCUGUACCCUGCCCCUGUGCAGUGCCAUUUGCUUUAAAAAGCACUGCGAAAAUCAGAUUUGCCAAAACCUGAGAGACCGGGCAAAGAUUCACCCAAAUUUUCAAUCGAAGUUGGUGACGUUUGAAAACUACAAUGAUUGCAAUGACUUGAUCAAGAUUAUGAACAAAAACCUAAGCAUUUCUGAUGGCUACCAUAUUGAAGCUGCCGCUCAUAGUGAAGAAUAUGUGCCGGCUUCGAUCUUGGAGAAAUCCUUCUCUUGUUCUGAGCUGAGCACUGUCCUUAUCAAAGAUGUGGUGACUCAAUUUGGAGAGCCGGUGGCUUUUGUUUGCUCCGUUUUAGACAAAGAAAGGAAAGAAAUGAAAGAUGUGGUUGACAAGCUGCACAGUCUUCACACUAAGAAAGGGUAUGACGCGGCGGCUGUCCUAAUUGAAGUUGAACCAAACUUGGAAGUUGGCGGACUUGCCUUGGCAUAUUUAAACGACAAGCAAUGCAGGGUUCUAUUGGACCGAAAGGUCCCUGGCAAAGGCUGGAGGUGCAUUUUUGUGGACAAAGGCUAUUUGCAAAUUGUGCCAGACGAGAAACUGUUUGCGUUGCCUGUCAACUAUUCCUCCCUUCCUAGAUUAGCAACUGUAUGCGUUGUCAGCAAGUACUUCGUGCCGUUCAAGGAACUGUGGACCAAAUACUUGCAGCCCAACAAGAAACUAUACCUGAAAGAUGCACAAAAUUUCAAGCAAGGUGGCAUGCAUCAGAUGAGAGGCAAACUUUUGGGCCGCAGCAAAGUAGUGUUGGGCGAAGUGACCAUCACUGAUUGGCUGCCAAGGAGUCCUCAAAUCUCAAAAGUGAUUCCUCAUGUCAUGCUGAAGAGCAAAGACGCUGUUUGCAUUUCCGCCUUCUGCAGCUCCAAUAUGUGCUAUGUCCAGUUGAACAGUAGAUCAGCAGAUCUGUGCAAACUGCAGAGUGAAAUCAGCGUUGUUAAAUUAAACUGUAUACCUCUUGCUGCUCUCCCCCCUGCUGGCAGUGUUGUAGCCGUUAAAUCUGCAAUUGAUGGGAAAAUGUAUCGCGCAAUGGUUAAGAACCAAACCAGUGAAUGCACGGUCAUCGUUUUUUGUCUGGACUUUGGAAAUCGAGAGGAAGUACAUUUGAACCAAAUAUACCCACUUCCAAAGCAUCUAUGCGAGAUGCCUGCAGAAGCUGUUUUACUCAGACUAAAGGACGUUCCAGUGAGGCCUUUGACUUACCCUGCUUACUCCAUUUGGGCGCAAUUGCAAGAAAAUAACGUUCCUCUAGAAGUGCAACUUGAGGCUAUCACAAAUUCAGCUGUGUUGAUUUCACUUGAGACAAAUGAGAGCGUGAAUUCAAAACUGACAAACGCUCUUGCUUGUUCAUCCAAAUCUAGAGAUGAAUCACAGACUGAUGAACAGAUUUUGCCAUCGCCAAUGCAUCUUCAAGAAGGGAAAUUGCAGAAGCUUGUGGUCCUGCGCCAUGGAGACGGCAGUUUUACUUGCACAGUGGCUAAUACUCCUUUGUUGAGACACAUUCUUGACACGCUAGUUCGUGAAGCUGCCAAAUAUGUUGCCAAUUGCGAAAGGGGCAACUAUGUUCCUUGCCCACAGGAAGUUUGUCUCGCCAAAGCAAAUGAUGGAUUGUUUUACCGGGCCAUUGCUAUGAACUUCUAUGAUGACUCAUGUGAUGUUCUUUUCAUUGACUUUGGUGACGUACUGAAGGUGCCGCACACCGAGCUGAGGAAGAUCCCGCCUCACUUCUUGAACAUCCCUGCCCUUGCAACUGUUGCUACAAUUUUUGGCCUGGAACAGGAAGAUUACUCCAAUCCUAAGCUUCGUUUGACUAUCCAAGAGUACCUCCCUAUUGGAGUGGAGUUUGAAGCUUUAGUAUGCAAACAGCGGGAGGACAAGGAAGUGGAAGUGUUCGUGCCAAAAUUGCUGGACCAUUUGAAUGAAAACUCACUGUUGCCUGCUGACAGACUAUCUUCAGUGAUGGGCGAGCUGGAACAAUACAGAGCUGAAAUUCCUGAAUCUUUGGAUGCUGAGUGUGCUAUUCUAAUCGAUGUUUAGCUCGUUGUUGAUCUUAAUGAUGUGUAAUUUCCAUUAGUUCAUUGUUUCAAGCCAGUUAAUGUCCAUUCGCAAGAUAUUUCCCUCACAUCUCACUCUAAUUUAGUUAAACCCAGCGGGGGCCAGAUGUUCGAUAUAACUGGUUCCCACUGCGCAGAUCCAAGGUGGCGUCUAAAUUUGGGAAACGAAAAUCUCUUUGGAUCCCCGUAGUGUCAAGAGUUGAACAAGAGGAACAUGUUUACAAUCCAAAAGACACAAUUAGUACAAUGCAAAAUAUGUCACAAUAUGGACAAAAACUUUGUUCUUUUAGCGCAUUUUCACGUGAUCGUUUUUUCACGCCAUACUCCACCGGACGACAUGUCUGCGCUUCGCACGUAUCGGGCCCUCUCUGGUUAAACCUAUGCUCAUUGGACCAAGACAUAAAAUUAUGUCAAUUGACCAGCUGGGAACUAGACUUUCUUCCAAGAUUGUCAAACAAGUUUAAAAAUGUUAUAAAUCAAAUUAGGCUCUAUUUGUUGGUAAGAAGUGUGCCAACAAUUUUUUGUAAGCCAUAUGUUGCUAUGAAAUAGUUCCAAAUAAUGUUGGUUCUAUUAAUUUGUAGAAAUAAGGCAGUAAUAAAAAUAAAUUCAGCCUUUCUAUGUUGACCAAAU